AUGAACAUUGCACUCGUGGGGCUUCAGCACCGAGGACAGGAGAGCGCUGGUAUUGUGACCAGUGAUGGGAGUUCGGUGACUAAAUUCAGGGUGCAUAAGGGAAUGGGUCUUGUAAAUCAUGUUUUUACUGAAGACAAUUUGAAGAAAUUGUAUGUCUCAAAUCUUGGAAUCGGACACACGAGGUACGCCACCACGGGGAAAUGUGAGCUGGAAAAUUGCCAGCCCUGCGUUGUUGAGACUCUUCAUGGGAAAAUAGUGGCCCAUAAUGGUGAACUGGUGAACGCAGCUCGGCUGAGGAAGAAGCUUUUGCGACAUGGUAUUGGGCUCUCCACGUCCUCUGAUAGUGAAAUGAUUACCCAGUUACUCGCGUACACCCCUCCUCAGGAACAAGACGAUACUCCAGACUGGGUAGCAAGAAUUAAGAACUUAAUGAAGGAAGCGCCUGCAGCGUACUCUCUGGUUAUAAUGCACAGGGAUGUCAUUUACGCAGUGCGUGAUCCGUACGGAAAUCGUCCUCUGUGCAUCGGCUGUCUUAUGCCACUUUCUGAUAUGAAUGACAAGGGAAAAAAAUCUUCAGAAACUGACGGAUGGGUGGUGUCUUCAGAGUCGUGUAGCUUUUUAUCUAUUGGUGCGAGGUAUUGCCAUGAAGUCAAACCUGGAGAAAUUGUAGAAAUAUCCAGACAUGGUAUCCCAACUCUUGAUAUAAUUCCAAGGUCUAAAGGAGACCCUGUGGCUUUCUGUAUCUUUGAAUAUGUUUAUUUUGCAAGACCAGAUAGUAUGUUUGAAGACCAGAUGGUUUAUGCCUUAAGGUACCGAUGCGGUCAGCAGCUGGCGAUUGAAGCGCCCGUGGAGGCAGACUUGGUUAGCACAGUUCCAGAAUCUGCUACACCUGCAGCUCUUGGAUAUUCGACAAAGUGUGGGCUGCCAUAUGUGGAGGUGCUGUGUAAGAACCGGUAUGUAGGAAGAACCUUCAUUCAGCCAAACAUGAGGUUAAGACAACUCGGUGCUGCAAAGAAAUUUGGCGUGUUAUCUGACAACUUUAAAGGCAAAAGAAUUGUUCUCAUAGAUGAUUCGAUUGUGAGAGGCAAUACUAUCUCACCCAUCAUAAAACUCCUCAAAGAAUCCUGUGCAAAAGAGGUGCACAUCCGAGUUGCUUCACCACCAAUAAAAUAUCCAUGCUUCAUGGGAAGAAACAUUCCUACAAAAGAAGAGCUCAUAGCCAAUAAACCAGAAUUUGAAUGUCUUGCAGAAUACCUCGGAGCUAACAGCGUGGUGUAUCUGUCAGUGGAACGACUGGUUUCGUCUGUGCAACAGGAAAUAAAAUUCAAGAAGCAGAAACUGAAAAAACGUGAUAUUUCAAUUCAAGAAAAUGGGAAUGGUGUGAGAUAUUUCGAGAAGACAGGACACUGUACGGCCUGCCUCACUGGGCAGUACCCUGUGGAUCUGGAAUGGUAGCUGCCUGGACAGACAUGCUGCGUCCAGUCUGAAAGGUCAUCAAGUGGUUUACAUAUUGUCACUCAGUUGAUACAAAGUGGACA